AUGGCAUAUCGAAAUCAUGGAGAUGAGAAGGUCGACAUAGAAGCAGAACCAGUCCAGAUCCCUCCCCUACUCGAUAUUCCCAUCGAGGAGAAAGCAAAUGUCCUACCACCGCCUGCUCCACCUCCUGAUGGUGGCUUGCGAGCAUGGCUCCAAGUACUCGGCUGCUACCUCGUCUUCUUCAAUGUCUGGGGAUUUACCUUCGCAUUCGGACUUUUCCAGAACUACUAUGAGACGAACUUACUCCGAAACAUGAACCCAUCUGCCAUCUCCUGGGUCGGCACGACAGGCUCAUACCUCCUGAUCGUCACCGGUGUGAUUUCAGGCCCUCUUUUCGACCUCGGCUUCUAUCGCGUAAUGCUAUUCGGUGGCGCCGCCGUCUCGACGUUCGGCUGUAUGAUGUUGAGUCUCUCGACGAAAUACUACCAAAUCCUCCUCUCACAGGGUAUAUGCAUGGGACUGGGAUGUGGGGUGUUGUACGUCCCUGGCCUGGCCUUAGUGAGCCGUUCGUUUACGACCCGUCGUGCCGUGGCGCUGGGGAUCGUGACCUGUGGUGCUCCCAUCGGUGGCAUCAUCUACACCAUCGUCUUCAACCAGCUCAUCGAUGGUAUCGGCUUCGACUGGACCGUGCGAGUCAUGGGUUUCAUCAUGUUCACCUCUUUUUCUAUUGCUUUCCCACUGCUGCUCUGGGGCGCGGGAAAUACCGGCGACAUUGCGGCAGGUACCACGCGCAAGAUCUUUGACAAGAAUGCCUUCUCAGAUCUGGGAUUCUGGCUCUACACGUGGUCGAACUUCUUCAUCUUCUGUGGCUAUCUGGUUCCCUUCUUCUAUAUACCGAGCUACGCACAGCUUGAGCUUGGGACGUCUCGAUCGUUAGCUCUUUACUCGAUAGUGAUCGCAUCCGGUUCUUCGGUGAUUGGUCGAAUGGUUGCAGCGUUUGUGGCGGGGCGUACCGGUGCAAUGAUACCUUGGAUCACAUGUGUCGUUGUGUCUGCAGUAAUGUGUCUUGCUUGGAUUGGCAUUCACAGCGUCCCUGCCUUUCUGGCCUUCGCUGCUCUCUAUGGCGGCUUCAGCGGUGCGCUCAUCCCACUUCCGCCCACCAUCUUCCCUACUGUGUGUCCCGACCCAAAGGUGCUGGGCGCUCGAUUAGGUAUGGCGCAGGCAAUCGGUGCGUUUGCCUCAUUGAUCGGCAGCCCCAUCGCCGGAGCCCUGGUCAAUAGUGGUGGUGACAGUGGUACCGGCCAGGGCUAUCUAGGUCUCCAGCUCUUUUGUGGGUGCAUGAUGCUCUUUGGCUCGGUGUUGUUGUCCGCGCUGUGGUUCUAUUUGUUCAGGAAGCGGAAGACGAAGAUUUUGAUCUAA